UCAUAACCUAAUUAGACAAUAAAUAAUGACUGACAAAGUAUGACAUUGUAUUUAGAAAAGUCAUAAAAGUCUUUUGAAAAGUUUCUAGUUUUUUUUUAUAAAUACAAAAACGCAUCAAAAUGGCAACAGAUGACGAAGAAUUAAUGCCACAAAUAAAAGAAUUUCGACCAUUACGAACAAUCAUCCCUAUGAUAAUCGAAUUACUUUUUAUAACUGGUUUAGAAGUCUCAUCGAUUAUCUUGAUUGUACGACAAGAACGGGAUGAAAAAUGUUUGUCAUAUUUUAUUCUAUUAUAUUUACAUGCGGCCCAUUGGUUUAUUACGGUCAUCAUUGAUUUUAUAUUAAAAUAUGAACACCAUCUCGUACGUACAAAUGGUUAUUUAGAAUUUUAUCGUAGUACGUUAAAUCAUCAUCGAUAUCCAUUUUAUAUCGUUAGUUUAUGGACAACAACAUUAUCGAUUAUCCAAACUUUAAUACAACAUUUCUAUUUAGAUAAUUUAGAAUCGCAUUGUUUAAAUGCAGGAUAUUUACGACCUUUAACGUAUUACUGUUCGAUUAUAACUCUAGAAUUUUUAUUAUUAUUUGUAAUUAUCGUUAAUUAUAUCAUAAAAGUAUAUCAAUUUAAUAAAUUACAACCGUUACCGGACGUACAAAGAGAGGAAUGGGCAUUUAAUUCAAAUCAAUCGAAUUUUAUUAUCAAUGAAAUUGGUCAUGGUAUUCAAGGAGGUCAUGUUGAUGAUUUACUUGAAAAACAAGCGGAUUUAAUACAAUAUUUACGUGAGCAUAACGAUAAAAUGAAUGAGAAAAUUAUGCUUUUAAAUGCACAAUUACGUGCGAGAACUACAGCAACUGUUGUUGAUACAUAAAUUUUGUUAUAAUAUAGAAUUAUUUUUAUUGUGAUAAGAAUUUAGGAAGAAAGACUGCGCUUAAAAAUUUUUUAUUUUUGCAUAAUACACACAAAUGUUUAUACUAUAUGUUGGAUUGC